AUGCCCCCAAAAGACAACUUGCCUCGAUCCGGGGAUGAAGCCCCGGACAUGCCGUCUGUCGCGCCGGAUGUCCUAUGCCUGGAUGGCCAUCUAUUCCGCAUCAACUAUGAUGUUCCAGAGGAAAUCACCCGGCAACUGGAGGAACUGUACGACCGCGAUGCGAAAUAUGAGGAGAUCCCGGGGCACCUGAAAGCAUACGAAACCGAAAUGGAAGACACAGAUGUGGAAGAGGCGAAAGAGCUAGAACGGCUGUCAGAGGAACAAACCCAAGACAAAACCUCCAAAAAGUGA